CCAUCCUAUAUCCUAGCUAUCCACUAUGCCUAAACUCUGCCUAAACCUCGCCUACACCCUGCCUCCCCGCACUACACACAUCCCCUGUACCCAACAAAACCCCUUUCCCCUUGACCUCCCUCUAUCUGAUCCACUCUCGCCUCUGUCUCGCCCCGUUCUCCCAUCUGUCCUCUGCCACAUCUCUGCCUCUCUUGUCCAAGUCCUACAUAUGGCCCCUGCGCGCCGCCGGCGAUAUCUGAUCUAAUGGCAAGCGCACGAGGACGAUGGCAUGCUGCAGCUCAGUACGAGGAGAUAAGACAGCUGGUUGGCCACCAUGCUGUUCCCUUUGGCCGUCACCUUGGACUGGCAAACUUCUGGAGCAGCACCUCUGACAUGGACAUCAAGAUCAGCAUGCGACCUGCUAUCCGGAUCAGACCUCAUCAUCAGGUCGUGUACAGGACGCAACUUGCCACUGCGACAAUCAAGCUGAAGUCAACGCCGUCUACAUCACAGAACUCGGGCUUGGCGUGGAGUGAUAUCUUUCUUGGAGAGGAUGGAGGAGACGAUGGUGUUGUCAGUGCGGAUGGUGAAGUAUUGCCCGUCGAGGUACGGGCGCCAGACUGUGAGGGUGUGAAUCACGACGAGGACUUCCUUCUCGUUGGAGGGGUAAUUCAUCUCCGCGGGAAGGAGCUUCUUGCUUGCGAAGGCGAUAGGGUAUUCGCCAGGUGGAGCCUCGGGGUGAGUGGGCGAGUCCCUGAUGGGGAGGGUCUCGGCGAUGUCGCGGGGGAAAUGUUGGGACAGUACGGCUCCGAUGGCGAAGUCGGAGGCGUCARUGGUGACAUAGAAAUGGCGAGUGGGGUCGGCCAUCUUGAGGACAGGGGCCGUGGUGAUGGUUUGCUUGAUGGAGACAAUAUGGCCGAGGUAUUCGAUGCUCGAAGCGGCAAACGUACAUUUGCUGAGCUUGGCGUAGAAUUUUUGCUCUCGGAGGAUCGCGAGGACUUGGCGGAGGUGCUGAAGGUGGGACUCGAAGGUGGGGCUGACGACAAGGAUGUCAUCAAGGUAGAAAACGACACAGACUUCGAGGAGGUUGCGGAAGAUGUGGUUCAUGGUGGAUUGGAAGGUAGCGGGGGCAUUGGUGAGUCCGAAUGGCAUCACGAGGAACUCGUAGUGCCCGAACCGAGAGCGGAAGGUGGUCUUGUGAGGGUCCUCGCGGAUACGGAUCUGGUCGAAGCCACUACGAAGGUCGAUCUUGGUAAAGUACUUGGCUCCACGGAGACGAUCAAGGAGCUCGGAAAUCCGAGGAUGUCACUGAUGGGUAGGCUGACAGAUGCAAUGUUGAUGUCGGGUCAGUGUCCUGGGGACUGUGUUCAUGAUGAGGAGGGGCCCGUGCUUGUCGAGGGCGGUGAUGCGAAGGUUGCGGGUCGUGUGGAGGCGGACUGACGGGUGAAUCGUGCGGCGUUGGGGCAGUUGGUUUGUUGGUGCCCCAAUUGGCGACAACGGAAGCAACCCCCUU